UCGAUCUGCUACGACAUCGAUCUCUACAAAGUUAUUUGAAACGUAGCUAGCUACAAAUAAGUUUAUUGACAUGAGGCUUCACCAUCUCCAUGUGGCUUACUUGGACAAAGCGGCGGCAGGCUCGCCGCCGCCGUCGUCUCCACCAUCCAUCUCACUAGUAGCAUCUCAGAGCUCAUCUGCUGCCAUCCCUCUGGCCCUCCAGCAAUAUUGUCUGCGCCCGCUUGCGCCCAAGAUCUCCUUCCCUGAGGCGAGGAAGAUGGUCGUCCUUCCUGAGUUUGCUCGCGUCAGGAAUGCUUCUUCGAGGCUGCUAAACUGCACGGUGCAAGUGCCGACGGCGGGUGGCACGACGCGGUGGAACCCGUCGCCGGAUCAGAUAAGGGUGCUGGAGAUGCUUUACCGCGGGGGGAUGCGCACGCCCAACUCGUUCCAGAUCGAGCAGAUCACGGAGGAGCUCGGCAAGUACGGCCGAAUCGAGGGCAAGAACGUCUUCUACUGGUUCCAGAACCACAAAGCCCGCGAGCGCCAGAAGCAGAAGCGAGCUGCCCUCCUCACCCUUAGCACCACCGCCACUUCCACGCUGCUACCAUUAUCACCAGCAGCUGCUGAAACCAAAGAUGGAGUUGAGACGAAAAAGGAAGAAGCGUGUGAAGAUGCAUCGAGCCGCAAGCGGAGGUGCAGGACCUGGGAUGGCGAUGUCGUCCAUGGUGGCGGCGGCGACGAUGCCGCUAAGGAGGUAGCUGACGACUACUACACCGAUGAUGUGACCCUGGAGCUCUUCCCGUUGCGUCCUCAAGGGAAAGCUAGCUAGCAAGCGUGCUCGAUCCAUAUGUCUUUGGUUGUUCCAUACAUGUUCUCGAUCCUGCUAGCUGGAUUGUGUGGGUUGUUCGAUCGUGUGAACACUUAGUAGUUGGCGUUGCAUCCACAUGUGAUUUGUAUUGUAGUAGGGCAUGCUUGGAUUGCUUAAACGUAUAUGCAUCGUGUGACCUGAGUGGUCAAA